AUGGAAGCCACCAUGGACAACAAGAGCUCCAACGGCACCAGGAGCAAUACCGGUACUCCAGUGCGACGAUCCAAAAGCCACGGCAGCGCUUAUAACAAUAACAAUAAUAAUAAUAAUAUCGCUACGAGUCCCAGGCCAAGGCUUCCAAAAAGAGAACGAAGCCAUGACGGCACGUUUCCUGCGAACUUUCGACCCACUCGACCCAACUCACGGGACUCGCGGCAGUCGUCGCUGCUCCAAAAAGCAAUGACGGCCAAACCACGGCAAGUCAUGCUGGUGGGCAUUGCCUUGCUGCUCCUGCUCUACACUCUACAUAACCUAGGCAGAUACUAUGCCUCACUGAACUUUAGCUUGGCCAGUGUCAUCCUGCAGGAAGCCAAACUCAUUCGCCCCUUUGGUGGUGCAGACGAGACUAACCGAAGAGAACCCAAAUUUGCCUAUGCCUUUUUGCUGGCAGGGAUACCCACAGAGGAUACCUCAGGAUCUGCUUUUGGAAACGAAAAGUUUCAAAAACAGCCCAAGGAUGCAUAUCGAGGUCUGCUCUACAACGUUUUGGUCAGUGUCAAAAUAUUGCAAGAUUCUGGAUCCAAAGCUGAUUUUGUGCUAUUUGUACACACUGCCUCCACCACAUUUCAAGAACUGCCUCCUCAAGAUUAUCAAUUGUUCCAACAACUCAACGUCACUGUCAAAUACUUGCCCCCCACGCCGUCUCUAGUCAAUGAGUUCAGUACCUUGGUCUUGGAGAAGUUUCGGAUACUAGAGUUGGUUCAGUAUGACAGAGUCUUGUUCCUGGAUGCGGAUGUCAUGCCGCUCUGCAAUUUAGACUAUCUCAUGGAACUCAGUUAUGGCCCCCAAGCCAUUCUGCAAGAAAACGUGAUUCUAUCCAUUGGAGAUACACCGGCCUCGGGGGCCUUCUUCGUGUUGACACCAAAACCAGGAUACUUUCCUACCUUUUUGCACGAACUUUCCAAGUGGAGUUGGUUCUGGUACUCGUUCAAAGCUUCGCUGGGUUGGGGUAUUCCUUUCGCGAAUGAAGAGGAUCCUUCCAAAAAUGACACUUGGAAAGCACUCUCGGGGAAAUCAGGCAAUGAAUGGGACUUUGAUGGAGCCCAGGCCGAUCAAGGACUCCUCUUGCAUUGGACCAAAUUCAUACAGGGCAGUGUCUCCAUUGUGAUUGGAGGUGUCAUUGAAAACUGGGUCAACCGAACGCUGGUUGUUACACACGCCAACAAUCCACUGCUGCCCUAUUCCUGCUUGCCACGAAAUUACAGCGAAACCUUGGGUCACAUGUGGUAUCCAAGUGAAGAAAUCAGUCAACAAACGUCUCCCACGGGCAUUGCACCGUACAGAGACUUUGUGCAGUGGCAAGCCAAUCCCAAUCGACCGUGGCACUAUCCCAAGGCACCACCACCGGUUCUGACCUUGGAUCAGGUCAUGUCCGCACGCAAAUACUGGUUCCAUGUCAUUCGGCAACUCGACCAGGAGCUGCCCGCGCUCCAACUCGACUUUCAAGAACGAAACGUGGUGACGGAUCCCAUGGAAUUCAGCAAGCCAGAAAAGCAUGGUGCCUUCAGAGAGGCAAAUUGGAAGUUUGUAUCCAAACGUCGCGUCAAGAGCCUGCAUCCUGUGUGGAGCACCAAAGUUCAGUCGCUCCAGCAAUGGGCUCUCCGAACUCUUGUCAAUACUACUCGAAUAUCAUUUCCCUGGGAACCACCCAUCUGGCAAGAAAAAGUGGUGGCUUCCAAGGACAAGAACGCACCGCAAUCGGCUAUCCACAAGAAACUUUGGAAGCAAUGUUCCUGUAGUCCGGCAACUAUAUCUACCGAUCCAUGCACUGGCAGUGCCCCAGAAGAAUGGCUCAGUCGUCGUGCUCCCCAUCACCUUUCCAAACAACGGCCACUGUGCCCACAGGCAGUCCGCAACAAGCUAUGGGUUGUGCUGCCAUUUCACCACAUCAAGGAUCAGGAUAUUUCGUCUUUGGUCUGUUCCGUUGCCUGUCAAGACUACCCACCCGACAAAGUAUCAUUGUUGCUCUAUGAUGACCGAUCCAGUGACAAGACUAUUUUGGAAGGUUGCUGUAAAGGCACUGAUAUUUUGAAGUUCCAACCUGCCAUGAGAUCGGGUACAACAGACACAAGGGACACAUUUGCCAAAACCCAUGCCAGCCGCUACGUGACCAAGUUUAGGGGCGACGACAAGAAUGAAACAUUAGCACCCUUGCAACUUUUCUGUGUGCAAUCAAGUAUACAACUGGGCCCCGAGAAAGCUCAGUAUUGGGCAUUGCGGUUGCUGGAAAGCAUUCUGGAACCCAACGAUGUCAUUGUGGCUUUGCAGGCUGACGAUAAAUUGGCGUCAAGGAAUGCACUACAAGAGAUCAAUAGGGCAUACAUCGACAACAACGCCUGGAUGACGAUUGGAUCCAUCCACGAAGAAGGUGGCGGCGUCAACCAAACAAUAAGCUGGGACGGAACCGAGUCUGCAACGGCUACGCUUGGAAAACGGAUGAAGAAGGCGUCCAUGCCAUUUCAUCCACGAGGCCAGGAUCCGCCAUGGCGCUUUGGUGCUCUAUUCACAUUCAAAGCACAUCUUUUGGGGCAUUUGACUAUAUCCGAUUUCUUCUUUGCUUCCAAUACCAAGUCAUGGGACAGGCCUGCGGCUGUUCACGGCUUGUUGUAUCGGAUACUCGAGCUGUCUGGCGUGGACCGCGUCGCAUUCACGCCCAUGAGCUACAAUGGUACCAAAACGCAAUCGAUUACGGAUUUGCAAGCCUCUGUUCAAAAGGAGAUUGUAACCCUGGAACCAUCCGUGAGAUUGGAGUUGCCAAUUCAUGUGGUCUUGGUUUGCUGGGACCGAAUAUUUUUGCUGAAAGACCAGCUGGGGUGGUUGCAGGAGCAGAAUAUUACUCAGACACGGAAGCUGCACCUCCACUUGGUGAACAACAAUCCAACCAUGAAGACUGAGAUUGAAUCCAUUGUGACAACCUUUCGUCAACAGCAGUCAAACGUCACAGAAACCAGACCUCUCGAAAUAACAGUGGUUCACGAGGAAGAGAAUUGGCAUGCCUUCUCGAGGUUCUUGUAUGUUCAAAGACUUCGUCACCAUGAACCACUGGACAUGGUGGUGUUUGUGGACGACGAUCAAUAUUGGCCGCCCAGUUUUGUUGGAGCUCUGUUAGAACGGCAUCGUCCCAAGGGUAUUGUGACGUGGUAUGGGAAAGUGUUCUCCCAAAGGAACACCGACACGGGGCUGGGCGACUAUUGGUCAUCCGAUGUACGGUGGAGUCACAUUGUGAAUAAUACCAAAGCCGAGGUUCAGACGUUUACGUAUGCUGGUCCGGGUGGAUCGGUUUUGGAUGCCAACUUGUGGCUACUGGAUCAACAACUGCUUCGUCUGGCAGGUGACCUGAAGGAUUAUUUUGAGUUUGAUGAUGUCUGGGUGAGCUACAUUUUGGACUCCCUGUUGGGAUGGAAUAUUCGCCGACUUGCCACCCCAAUCCCAGUGGAUAUUGCCAACUGCAAUCAUACGCUUGUUCGUGAGGUCCAACUAUCCCGUCUCCCAGAAGCCACGGCAAAUUUGCUGCUUUCACUACAUGACAAGAUUGGGGAACAGCUCAUGUCUGUGGCGACCUAUACGGGAACUUCACGACAAGUGAAAACUCACAUGUUUGAAGAUCUCCAAACUCGUUUUCAUUGGAACGUCUUCCGGCCGCAAAGCUCCCUCAAACGAGAGAGUCCCAAUCCUUACUUUUCCUUGCCCUCCAUGUCGGUCCAGGAAGCUGCAAGCAAACCAUCAAUCCACAAAGAUGAUGAAAAGCGGGCCUUUAUCUGUGUAACUGGCCAAUUCGAUCGUUUCGAACUGGAAAACAAAAUCAAAAAUCUCUUUGCCCCACUGCAGCGCUCCGGCUACAAGACCGAUGCCGCUUUGGUACUCAGCAAUGGUGAGGCUUCCUACACCAAUGCCAAGAAGAACCGCGUGAGCAACAAGUUCGAAUCCUUCUACGCCAACUUUUCAGAUGCUGUGAUGGAUCUCCAACAGAGUGACAUUCGUGUCUUGACGUUGAAUGGAACCUACCCUCGUUUGGAGAAUCCUCCAGUCCAUCACCAUUACCUCUCUCUGAUGCACAAGUCCCAAAAGAAGGUGAGGACAUGGAGGGAACAAACGGAACGAGCCGGCAAUCAUGGUCGCAUUUUUGACAGCUAUCGGCGAUGUUUGGAACACGCCGAUGAGGCCGCCAAAGAAGCAGGGUACGGGGAACGCAAUGCCCAAUCGUACUAUGAUUUGUUUGUUCGGAUCCGUGACGAUUCGGGGUUGAACCGUCCUCUGCCCAGCAUGGAGAAUGUCAUGUUUGAUGCCAUUCCUCCUCCGCCCAACUCGGUCGUAGUCACCGAGUGCCGUAACUGGCACGGAAUGAACGAUCGAUUUGCCAUUGUCAGUCCUGACGUGGCCCGGACUUACUUUGAACAUCCUUACAACGUGGUGGCUCAUGGUCUAUUUUUGGAUCCCAAAGUGGUCAAGAAUCCCGAAUCCUUCUUGUUGAAUGCGUACACUUUGGCGAAAGUGCACGUGUUGGGCCACCCCAAUCUGAAACGGGUGAAUCGAGUGGUCAAAUUGCACAGUGGGGUGGUCAAGUUCUACAGGGAUGACAAGUAUAAGGCGGGUUGUCCACCAGAAGACGUGCACAUGGAGCGCAACUUCGAGUUGUACGGAUGGGUUCUGUAA